GCUACACAUAUAUGUGUAUGUAUGUGUGUGUAUUACACAUGGAAUGACAUCGGGCAGUCCUCUGUUUCAAACACACGUUCAUUUCAUACAUCGUGCUUAUAGUGUUGGUUUCCAUCCAUUUUCAGUUAAGUCCUUUCUAUUUCGCUUACGCCGCUAAUAUCCUUGAGGAAUGAGUGAACAUCAUAGCAUCUAAUAUGUUACCCAAUUAAAAUAACCAAACAGUUAAUUUUAUCCAAAAGCCACUCAGUAACACUUUUUUGCUUGCUAUCGGACGAAACAGAUUAUGUCUGCUCGAGUGCAUCACACGCUAUUUUAUAAUCGCAACCGUUGUUUUUGUUUCGCUCUCACCGUUCAUAUGGUUUGUUUACCCUUUCUAAAUCAGUCUUCCCUUAUACCUAAUAUAGUUCUUUCCCUGUCUUACCUUGUUUUUUCCUUCUUUUUAUCCGUUAUUCAUAAUAUUCAGCGACUCUUCUCUAGUUAACAAUCACAAACCUUGUUAUAGUCAUUAUAGAAACACUACGCCGUUACUAUUAAUCAUUAUUAUUACCACCGCUGCCAUCACAACUAAUCGCAGGAGCCACGGAGACGGUGGUCGUUUACUUAUUAGAGAAUCACACCAAUAACUAGAUGGCUUACUGCUACAAAUGCUGUUGGUGAAAUUACAAGCCAGCCACUUGUAAUUUCCUUUAACUGAUCGACAAACUCUAGUUUAUAACCAGUAUUGUAGUUGUUUUUGUACUUGUUCUUUUUAGUAUAUUAGUGUGUGAGUACGUUACAACCUAUGUGCACGUGCGAGCGAGUGCAUGUGCGUGAGUACAAAUGUGUGAGUAGAAACGUGUGUGUGAAAGAGUUUAAGUGUGAGGCAGUCUGUGUAAUAGUGUGAGUGUGUGUAAUGUAUGUGUGAGUGUAUGUCUGAAAGUUCAGACGAGCGAGCUGUCUGUCUCGUAAAGAUAAAAGCUACGUCGUCAACUGUGUAUAAUACAAUAUAUACAUGCAUAAAUAUAUAUCUAUGUUUACUUGGCGCUUGUGGGACUAUCACGGGGUCUGUCCGUCACCCUGUAAGUGUAUGGAUGUUUGUGUUGUUCUCACUUUGAGUAUAUCCUGUGGAUUCAAUGACACUACAAACUCCAUUUUACCAAAUUUAAAAGUUUUUCUCCAGAAAUGCAUGCUGUCAUGUAUAACCAUCUUACCAACAGUUGCUCAAACUCUGUUGUUGAUUCUACAAACCAAUGCCAUAUAAAAAUCAAAACUGAAGAUGUCAAAGAUCUCAGUUCCUGUAAUUUUAGUCCAAACUAUAAAAAUUCUUCAAAAUUACUUCUUAACGGGUCGAAUUCCACUGUGGAUUUUACCAUGUCUGCAAAAGGUGGUGGGAACCAAACAUUUUCUACGAGUCAAGAAUCUAAAAGUUGUUUUAAGGAAUCCUCAGAUGUUAGUAAUCAGAAAAACUUUCUACUUGAUAAAGUUCUUGGACACUCUGUUGAGAACUUGAUGAAAUUUGCUGAAAUCUUAUACAAAUGUACUUUGUGUACAACUCUGCCAUCUAUUCUGACAUCACGGGAUAGCUUCAUUAGCCAUGUCAAUGACCAACACUUAACAAAAAAGCAAUCUUAUAAAGAUUGCCAACAUUGCAAUUUCAACUUUAGUACUGAAGAAGAUCUCCGUGCACAUUGCCGUUUUUCUCAUGGCAUUGAAACUUCUGAUACUGAAUUAGACUCUCCUGAAGCUUCGCCUAUCGAUGAAUUUACCAAUAAGAGUGGAACUGAAAUCAGUACAGAAAAUCAGUGUACAAUAAGUGAUCCCAACAAGACGAUGCAGUACCGGACGUCGCGAUUUGUCAUGGACUCAGUCCAUGGGAAGCAGCGACAACUGGCACCCUCUGCACCAUUAUUUGGGCAUGUUAAUGGUAACAGUGUAGCUAGCAGCAGUAGUAGUACUGGUACAAAUAUAUCUGUUAAUAAUAACAGUAGCAAUGGCUGCACUAAUAGUAACAGCAAUAACAAGAUCAGUGUAAAUUCUGUCAAAGAUAGUGUGAAACCAGAGAAAAUGACAAUGGAAGAAAAUAUAACACGUCUUCAGCAGCUAGCAGAUCAAAUUCUGAUAUCAAACACUCGGCUACAUGGAGGUGGAAAUUCCUCUGGCUUCCAUAGUGCUAUGUCAAAUCCAAGUUACACACAUGACUUUGGUAAGUACACUAAGCUGAUCCGAGAAGGUGGCAACAUUGUUUAUUUUUGCCAGGUGUGUAACUGUAAGUGUCAGGCACGUGCGGCUUUCUUAAGUCAUUGCUCAAGCUACCAACAUCGUGCACGUGUCGAUACUGCUGAUAGAAGUGUGUCUUCUGACCAACAGAUACAACACCAUCAUCAAUCGCAGCAACAACAACAACAACAACACAAGCAACAGCUCACAACCCUCCCACCUCUACCUACACAUUCACAACCUCUACCCCAUCCAAUACCCCCACAAACAAAUAUACAUUCAUCACAUCAGAACAUACAAUCCCAUCAUCAGAAACAGCAUCAACAGCAACAACACCAAAAACAGCAGCAACAACCACAACAAAAAUUGUCUCCUAAUUUCAAAAGAGAAUCAUCUCAUUGUACCUCAAAUAGUAAUGGUAACUAUGUUUCGACAAAGAAAGUGUCCAGUUAUUCUUCUAUACCAUCUUCACUUACAUCUUCUUCUUCCUCCUCAGCCUAUUCCCCCACUUCUUUAUUAGAAGAUUCUAGCAACAAUGAUACAAAUAAUGCUACCACAAACAGCUCCCAUAAUAGUAAUAACUGUAAAACAGACUCGGACGAUAAUAGUGUUACUCAGCCAAGUACCCAACCAAACUUAAGAUCUCAUGCAACAAAUAAUCCUUUGGGAGGAGAACGGCUGUCACCAGUUUCUAGUGACACUCCAAAAGAGGUUUCUGACAAUGAACUGGAUAAAGAAACAAAGAGUCAAGAUGUAACUAGUGAUGGUGAGCCAAAUUCUGACCGCGAGUCUGCUCCUCGACAGAGGCGUAAGCGACAUGCUCCUGUAGCCGUACGCCAUCAACCACAGUUGACAACCUCUUGGUCUGAUUCAGAUUCAGACGAGGAGUUUAACUCAAGUAAAAAUAAUAAAAAAACUGCUGAUAAUAUGUCCUUAACUGCUGGUGAAAACACUUCACUCGAAAAGCUUUCUUGUAAGUCUAAAGAAGACAAAAAUCAAGUUCAUGCGAGCAGUUCUGAUCAAACUGUUAAUGAACAAGGUAAAGACUUCCCUCCACUAAAAAAGACAAAAGAUACCUCUGAUAGAAGCUUUACAGAUAAACAAAGCUCUAGUAGUAACAACCAAGAUGUUCUGGAGAAUCAGACUCAGUUCUCUUCUAUGGAACAAACUUUUCCACAGGGUGUAGAUUCAUUAGGUAUGUUAUCUUCUGUUGUUGAAAGUUUGCUCAUACAUCCAAACCAGUCCAUGUCCACUUCUCAAAGCCUGGAGAAAGUUUUGGGGACAUCUAUAAAAACUGAACCUGAAGACCAAAGUGAAAAUGACAUUGGCCUUAAAGGAAUUUACCGAUGCUCAUUUUGUGAUUUUGUUUGCUAUGACAUACGAGACUAUGAGGAGCAUUUCAUUCGAGAACAUGACUCUGAUCUUCUUGAUGCUAACAUUACGGAUUCUUCAGGGAAGUCUGUUCAUGGAGAAUACUGGAAGAUGUUAAAAAUUAAGGAGGUUUUACCAGAGUUAUUAGUUGGCUGUGCUAAAGGUUAUGUAUCACGUGACCUACUUCUUCAGAAAAUUAGUAUGCUGCUGAACAUUCCAGAAAUGGUUCAUUGGGGGCCAGCAUGUAACAAGGCUGUGAGAGAAGAGUUUCCUAGCAGUAUGGCUCAGAGGAAAGGGAAGUUCAAGAAAACGUACUAUUUUGGUGUGGCUCUUAUAGAGCAAUUGCAAGAACAAGAAGAACUAAGCGAUUCUGAGAAUGUGACUUAUCAGCCACUGAGAGAUCUUUCUCAAGAUCUGGAGAAGAUUCUGCAAUUUCUUCCAGAACUUGUUUUCUGGACUGGUGACUUUGACAUGGGCAUCUCACGUGAUGAGGUCCUUCAAUUAUUAGGACAGAAAAUUGAGGAACCUGGUGUACAAUAUUGGGGUGUGCAGUGCAAUCGAGCAAUGCGGUUUUUGUUCCCUAGUAUUCAUAUGAAGAGAAAAGGGAAGUUUAAGACUACAGUAUAUUUUGGUGUAGAUUUUAUGAAAAACUUCACAAGACAGAUUCCACACACAUUUGAAAGUGAUCAAAUGAUGUUCAUUAAGUCUGAACCUAUUGACGAUUCCUAUGAAGACAGCUCCACCAGUCACCUCCAGGGAAUGACGCUUUCCAUUUUUCCAACAUCGACAUCUUCAGUAGCGAAUCCCAACUCUCAGACCACAUCCACUGCAAUGUCAAUGGAUUUUACUACAGCAGAAACAAACCCAUGAUAAAUAUUCUCCAAAAACCAUUGCUGACCAUUCCACAUGUUUUUCAUGUCAAGUUGUGUGUUACUGACUUAUGUAAUUGUUAACAAUUAACUAACUCCUUCAUGCCACAAGGAAUGUGAAUUUAACAAAUAUUUAAUAAUAAUAAUAAUAAUAAUAAUAAUAAUAAAGUAAUAAUAAUAAUGAUUAUGAUUAUAAUAAUAGUAACAACAACAACAACAAAAUAGAGUAUGAUGAAUAUAGAUCAAGGAUUAUGGAAAAGGGGCAUUUUAACAGGUGUAAAUUUUCACUCAAAUUGAGUACUGGAAUUAUUGACUGUUAUGUCUUUGUAGAGGUUCAUAAGUUGGCACCAAUUCUUAGAAAUGGGGUCAUGUUUACAUUCAUUCUUUCUCCUUUAUCUGAAUACAUACAUGCAUGCGCACACACACACAUACACACGCACAAAUACAAACAUGCACACACACAUAUAUUUAUAUUUAUAUAUGCACACGCAUGUGCAAUCUAUGCAAGCAUGGUAGACAAUGUUGCAGUAAGGGGAAAGGAGUAUCAUUGUCAUCAUUUUAAUGUCUACUUUUCCCUGCUUUCAUUGAGGUAGAUUUUUUUUUUUCAGUCAGAUGCCCUUCCUGUUUCCAACCUUCAUUUGUUUCCAUGUAAGGUAAAAUUUCUACUUGGCUGGACACGUUUUUCAUGGAAGACUGGACUCAAAUGACACUCCUUGUAUGACAGUAACUGCCACUUACAGCUAUCUCCUGGUGUUAUGUCAAGGCGACAACACGCACACACACAUACACAUAAGACAAGCUUCUUUCAGUUUCCAUCUGUCAAAUACAUUCACAAGGCUUUGGUUGGCCCAAAGCUAUAGUAGGAAACACUUGCCCAAGGUGACAUGCAAAGGGCCUGAAGCUAGAACCAUGUUGUUGGAAAGCAAACUUCUUACCAGGCAGCCACACCAUAUUUAUAGCCACAGGAGUGGCUGUGUGGUGAGAGACUUGCUUCCCAACCACAUGGUUCCAGGCUCAGUCCCACUGCGUGGCUCCUUGGGCAGGUGUCUUCUACUAUAACCUCAGGCUGACCAAGCCUUGUGAGUGGAUUUGGUAGACGGAAACUGAAAGAAGCCUGUCGUAUAUAUAUAUAUAUAUAUAUAUAUAUAUAUGUAUUUGUUAUUUGUGUCUGUGUUUGUCACCUCACCAUCGCUUGACAACCGAUGUUGGUGUGUUUGUGUCCCCAUCACUUAGCAGUUUGGCAAAAAGAGACCGAGAGAAUAAGUACUAAGCUUACAAAGAAUAAGUCCUGGGGUCGAUUUGCUUGACUAAAGGUGGUGCUCUAGCAUGGCCACAGUCAAAUGACUGAAAAAAUAAAAGAAUAUAAUACAUACA